AUGUUUCGCAUCGUUUCUCGCUCGCUAACUCACCAGCAUCAGCUUGUCACCCGCAGUAUCGUUACAUCCAGACCGCUUUUCGUGGCUCUACUGUCCUCAAAGGCGCCGCUCACGAGCCUGAACAAUGCCGCUGCUCAGGCGGACCUGAACCUCAGCGGGACGCUCGAAGAGCUCGCGGCCAGCCACUUCUCGGCGGCAUCAGCUUUUCCCGAGUUUUCACCGAUGGAGGACACGUUGUUGUCGGAAGCCGUGCUUCGAACCAAGACGCCAGCACCAGUGUACGACGCCCACGCGAAAGCGGAGCAGCAAUUGAUGGCCGAGCUGCAGCAGCACUUCUGCGAGUCCUCGAACUUUCCCGAGAAUACUCUAGCUGAGGAAGAAGCUUUACUUCAUUCGCACACGUGA